AUGGCCAAUUACUACAAUAUGCAAGCUGUUCGUGAAGAGAUCGACCGUGUUCCUCGUGCCGGGCAUGAGAGCAUUGUCUAUGGGGUAUGGAAUGCCAUCUUGAGUUCCAUCUUUACCCCCCAAAAUGGCUACAUUGUUCGGCCUCAAGAUGUACAUACCUCGCAGUCUGGAGCCCGAGGAUAUUCCGAUUUGCACGUGUUUCACUACCUCCCUGGUGCCAGACGUGCGACAAAGUUCCUGAUUGUCCAAUGCAAGCGUGCUGGCGGCGAAACCCAACCCUCCGUGUGGCGCGAAGGUGUUGCUCAGCUACACCAAUACACUGCAGCUACCCAUGGAAUUCGAGCCGUUCCGGACAGAAGACCGGUAUAUGGAAUCGUCGCGAUAGGAAACUGCCUGCGAUUCUACUAUUACCAUGAGGCUUCAUCAACAAUUCGAGAUUUUUGGCGCAGCUCAGUGCAUCCUAACCCACGACUAGGUGGCAUUUGUGAUCACAAGACUCACCACGAUUUUAUCCGGGAAAUGCUGAUUCAUAUUCGAACCAACCACUAG